CUCCAAAAGUUGCUUCGCAAAACGCUGGCAAAGCACACUUCGCUCGAUCACUGAAGACCUUUGCGCCGCAACACCCGACUCUACGACCUCCUCACCACCAUCUCGAACAAGAGACACAUUUGAGAUACCGCAAACAUGGACUCAGCCAAAGUUCCCGUCAAACUCGUCAAGGUCACCCGAGUCCUCGGCCGUACCGGUUCGCGUGGAGGUGUCACGCAAGUGCGCGUCGAAUUCAUGGACGACACCACCCGAAGCAUCAUCCGCAACGUCAAGGGCCCAGUGCGCGAGGAUGACAUUCUGUGUCUGCUGGAGUCUGAGCGUGAGGCAAGGAGACUGAGAUAAGCGCUGGGGGGUCAGCAUAGAGCAAUGUUUUACAGCGAAGGCCCGAGUCUACCACACGGACAUCUUCUACGAACGGAUGGGGUGGAGGUCGUCAAUUCGUACCAGGAAGUGAAAUCCAUUCUACACC